UGCGCGUCCGUGUGCGUGUGCGCGUGUGCUUGGCAGAGAGGAAGGGAGAGAGAGAGAGAACAUGAGCAGUGUGCUGUCCGCCAAGAGUCGAACCUAUUUUUCAGUCAAUGGAGCGGUAACCAACUCCGCGCGGAAGAGGUGGCACGAAGCGGUGGGGUAUUCCCUUCCCAGAUGUGAGCUGUGAGUUGUGAGUUUGACUAACUGCUGCCCAUGGAGCAUCUUCAGCGAGCACUCCAUCUGAUGAUCAGUAGACGCUCCUAUGCAGACUUACAAAUGGUGAUGGUUUUGCAAACACCAUCACCAUAACAAGCUACCUGCGCUACGCUAGGAGCCUCCAACCUGUUUCUCAAACGUCUUUACAACCUGCUGAUCUCCUACUCUCUCUCUCUCUCUCUCUCUCUCUCUCUCUCUCUCUCUCUCUCUCUCUCUCUCUCUCUCUCUCUCUCUCUCUCUCUCUCUCUCCCCUCUUGCAUCCCCCUCCACGCACGCAUAUAUGCGCAUGUGUAGCAUUGGUUUCCUGUGUUUGUCCUAGUCUUAUCAGUGUAUUCAGUCGAUUGCGGAUGAUCUCUUUCCUGAUCUGUUGUUGCGGUCGACCUUGUUUAGGUAGAAGAGGAGCCCAUUGGAGUUCUUUUCUCAUAUUUAAGCAGGAGAGGGAGCAGAGGAGGAGACAAGGAGGAGGAGGAGACAAGGAGGAAGAGGAGGAGCAGGAGAAGAAGGCGUGGAAAGGAGGAGCAGGAGGAGAGGAGGAGAGGCAAAUUGAUGUUGUUAGAUCAACAGAAGAAGGUGACAUGGAGAAAGAAGCGUCUUCAUGUGCUGGCAAAGGGAUGGCAGAAGAAGAUACGGACACAGCAGGGUGUGUGGGAUUGAGCAGAGCGUAUGCGAUUGGAGGAACAUCGUUGCACUCUCAGUCGAUGUCGGCAGUGUCAUCGCUCCCUCUCUCAAGAGUGAAGCGGCUGAUUAAGAGUGAAGGCGGUGUACAGCUAGUGACUGCAGAGGCGAACAUUCUGAUUACGAAGGCAACAGAGCUAUUUUUAGAAUCCUUUGUCGAGCGCGCUUAUGAAAGAAUGCUCGAAGACACUAGAUACAGUUUACAAUACAACGACGUUGCACACGCUGUGGCUGGCGACCAUCGUCUUGAUUUCCUCUCUGACAUCAUACCGCAGAAGGUGCUUGUCUCAAAGCUCUUGCCUUCUUUGCAGCCCCCUCCCCCAGCAGGUAUUUCUGAGGCAAAGGAGAUGGAGAAAGGCAAUGGGGUUAAGGCAAAGGCAGAAUUCUGAAUAUAUUUCUCUCAGCUGGCUGGUGAUUGAAGUGAAGUCAUGCCCCAAGGGUGUUUGUGCCGAAAACC